AACGACGAAUGAUUGGUCAGCGACGUCACCAUUGACUACACAUCAGUUGGGAGAGGGUUCACGUACCGGGAAGUUCGAAGCUUGCGAAUUUUACUGCGACAGUUACCUGUUACACUGAUGUUUAUGUGAGCCAUGCACUGCAAGAGAGUGAAGGCGUGUGCAGGAGACAAGGGGUGGAAGGAGACAAGCCCAACCGGUUUGGCCUUGACCACCUGGGUGGACUCCUAUGUCAAUGUUAUUCUCAAGGCCAUGUUGGAUCAACUCCAGGCGACUGAACAAUACACAGCCCCGAGAACACAGCCAGGUACCCCUGCACCCGAUGACGAUCGUGUGAGAAGGUUUGUUGGCUGGAUCGUUUCCCGUGCUGAAGCUGCCAUUCUUGCCCAGGAAGAGGAGUUUGUCAGUGAUCUUGUGGCCCGAUCGUUGGAAGAGGCUGUCAAAGAGAUCAAAGAAUACGAGGAUCGGGAUUAUGAGGAGGGCAGACUGGAUGUUUUUGUCACCACAGUUGCUUCCCAAGUCAUUGAGGAACUUGUACAGGAAAAUGUUGCCAUCAACUACAGGAAUAAUAAUCUUGCAGCUGAAACUAUUGUCUGCAAGAUGAGUCAGCAAACUACACACGAAACACCUACUGUCUAUAAUCAAGACGAGCAGAGGCUAGACAAGUUUGCUGCUGAUUUUGUUUCAGGUGUCAUUGAGAAAAUUGUGAAGGAACACCAAGUCAAAGAUGGUUCCUCCGCCAAGUGUCUGAACGACGGGAACAUGCUGAAUGCGUUCGCCACUGAAAUUGUUUCAGAUGUUCUCGACCAAGCUAAACAAGGAAAUGGGAUUACACAGGCUACAGUCACUGCAUAUCAGCAGGAUAGGUUGGACGUUUUUGCUGCUGAAUUUGUGUUGAAUGUCCUCAACAAAAUUGUUCAAGAGGAACACUCCAACCACUCCAACCCCAUACAAACUACAGAGAAGCCAGUAACACAAAGGUCUUUCAAAAACAGGAAUGCGUGUGUCUCUGCAGCCUUUCAGAGGAUCAAACAUCCCAGUACCAGCAAACCUGUUGAUGCUGACUUCCGUUACGUUUACCAACGUCUGACGCAUACAUUUGGGGAAGGGGUAGAUGACUCUGUCAUCAGCUUUGUUUUGGAUGCCAUACCUCAGCAUGGCACUUGGUCGCAGAAUUUUGAGGCUGUAGACAAAAGUAUAAGAAGUGUAGAAAAUCACAAGAAGAAACAUCCGACUCUUCACAGAGGAAAAGCAAUGACCGCAUUGAUACCAGGAGAACAGGUGAAUCGUCCCUCUGCGAAACCUCCCGUCAUAAGAUGUUUCCUGGAUAUAUUUCAAUUGACGAAGAGCGGGCAUGUGACCACCAAGCAGGAGGACGACAUCCAGAUGUCAACCCGGGUCGUAACACAAAAACAAAAAACGGAAAGUAACAAACAUUCCACCCCAAGUCGCACGAGACGCUUCCUGGAGAGUAUGCGCAAUUCCUUGUUCCGUUUAGGCAUUUCAAGCCCGUUGUCCCGUCGGGGACAAAAACGUAGAUUUGUAUAGCUACUUCUGUUUGUGCAUCUCAACACGACACCGAUAUGUUCCGUUAACUUUGUAAAAUAUUUAGCUUUUUAUACGUCUGAAUUUUCAAACAUUUUGAGAUUCAAAACCAACAACCAGAUCCCUAACUGUAUAUUUUUGGAAAAUUGUAGUUUAUUAUAUCGGUUGUGAUGGAAACUUUUGUACGUUACAAUAUAUGUGGGAUUUUUUA